GGAAGCGGCGGCGCGAUGGCGGCUGCGGCGGCGGCGGCGGCCCCGGCGCCCGAGGCCUGGCCCGAGCUGGAGCUGGCGGAGCGCGAGCGGCGGCGCGAGCUGCUGCUGACGGGCCCGGGGCUGGAGCAGCGGGUGCGCGCGGCGGGCGGGCGGCUGCCGCCGCGGCUCUUCACGCUGCCGCUGCUGCACUACCUGGAGGUGAGCGGCUGCGGGAGCCUGCGCGAGCCGGGCCCGGGCCUGGCGCAGGGCCUCCCGCAGCUGCACAGCCUCGUGCUGCGGCGCAACGCGCUGGGGCCCGGCCUGAGCCCCGAGCUCGGCCCGCUGCCCGCGCUGCGCGUGCUCGACCUGUCGGGCAACGCCCUGGAGGCGCUGCCGCCGGGCCAGGGCCUGGGCCCCGCCGAGCCGCCGGGGCUCCCGCAGCUGCAGAGCCUCAACCUCAGCGGCAACCGGCUGCGCGAGCUGCCCGCCGACCUGGCGCGCUGCGCCCCGCGCCUGCAGACCCUCAACCUCACGGGCAACCGGCUGGACUCCUUCCCCGCCGAGCUCUUCCGCCCCGGCGCUCUGCCGCUGCUCAGCGAACUGGCGGCCGCCGACAACCGCCUGCGGGAGCUCAGCCCGGACAUCGCGCAUCUGGCCUCGCUCAAGACGCUGGACCUCUCCAACAACCAGCUCAGCGAGGUCCCGGCAGAGCUGGCUGACUGCCCCAAGCUCAAGGAGGUCAAUUUCCGGGGAAACAAGCUGGCGGAUCGGCGGCUGGAGAAGAUGGUCCACGGCUGCCAGACCAAGUCCAUCCUGGAGUACCUGCGCGGCGGAGGCCGCGGCGGCGGGCGGGGCAAGGGCAAGGCCGACGGCCCCGAGAAGGAAGAGGCCCGCAGGAGGAGGCGCGAGAGGCGGAGGAGGGAGAGUGGCGAGGGGGAGGAGGAGGAGGUGGACCACGCCAGCAGGCUGCUGCUCCGGGUCCUGCACGUGUCUGAGAACCCCGCCCCGCUGACCGUGCAGGUCAGCCCCACGGUCAAGGACGUCCGGCCGUUCAUCGUGGGGGCCGUCGUGAGAGGCAUGGACCUGAAGCCUGGGAACGCACUCAGACGCUUCCUCACCUCCCAGACGAAGCUCCAUGAGGACGUCUGUGAGAAGAGGACGGCGGCCACCAUUGCGACCCACGAUCUGCGGGCCGUGCGCGGGCCCCUGCUCUAUACCGCCCGCCCGCCACAGGACCUCAAGAUUGUGCCCUUGGGGCGCAAAGAAGUCAAGGCCAAGGACCUGGUGCGGCAGUUGCAGCUGGAGGCGGAGGAGCACAGGAAGCAGAAGAAGAGGCAGAACCUGUCUGGCCUGCACAGAUACCUGCGCUUGCUGGACGGGAAGGAGAGUUACCCCUGCCUUGUGGAUGCGGACGGCGACGUGAUUUCGUUCCCACCGAUAACCAACAGCGAGAAGACGAAGAUUAAGAAAACAACUUCUGACCUGUUUUUGGAAGUAACAAGUGCUACGAGCCUGCAGACCUGUAAGGAGGUCAUGGAUGCCCUCGUGCUGAAAAUGGCAGAAAUCAACAAGUACGCGCUAGAAAAUGAAGAGGACAGGUCCCUUUCAGAUCCUGAUGCCGACGCGGUCUCCGGGCAGCCCCCGGGUCCCAGUGCGGGCUCAGGUGCCGCAAGGGCCGGGAGCACCCCGCUGGUGGUGGAGCAGGUCCGGGUGCUGGACGAGGACGGGCACCUGAAGGUGGUGUACCCCUCCAAGACGGACCUGGGCCUCGCCGCGCCCCACGUGACCGUGAUCCGCUGAGCCCUGGCGCCCCCGCCAGCCAGCUGCAUGGGUCCUCGGCUCUGCCCGUUGUUGUGCG